UCGCGCGCCUCGCGUCAAACCGUCUUCGCCGAUCCUUGGCGGACCGAAGAGGACGAUACCCGAAUCACCGCCACCGUGAUCUUGCGGCUCGUCCGACGGCCCCAUCCCCGGAAUCGCAGCAUCCGCACCGCCUCGAGUCGGUCUCCGUUCACCACAUUUUUUUUUUCUCUCUCCGCUCCUCUCCGCUGGCUGCUCCGAGCGGGUCGCGGAACCUCCGAAAGCUACGCAGGGUCCCAGUGGUGGCAGGGCAUGGCACGCCAUGGCAGCCAUAAGCGGGCCAACCACGUCAGCAGCAGCGGUCGCCGACGGAAGUGCGCCCUGCUGCAGCGGCUCAUCACGCUGCCCAGAGCCGACCCCCGUGGUGACACCAGUCAUGCCAGCCCCCAUUAGAGCAGGCGGGGGCCACGGUGACCAGAGGCUCGUCUCAGCAGCCAGGGAUGGAGACUUCAAGAAGAUUCGUCGACUGCUGCAGAAACACAGGGUCAAUGUCAACGCCCGUGAUCCAUCUACAGGGAACACUGCUCUCAUGGUGGCAUCUUUGGUCCAAGACCCUGAUGCCAUGAGUGAGCUGCUGCAGCACGGGGCUGACCCGACGCUGCACAGCUACACAGGUCAGAACUGCCUCGACUCCCUGCCGGCCUCCCUGGUGCACCUGGUGCUUGGCUUUCCCGACUACCUGCUCAAGGAGAGCCCCCACCGAAGCAAUGAGGAGCGACGGCUCCUGCUCGCCGCGUGGAGCGGCCAGCGGGACGAGGUCCAACACCUUUUGUCCCAGACAGGGAAUGGGGGCCUCGACAUCAACUGCACCAAUGCAGAAGGUUCUACACCUCUGGUGCUCGUGUGUCGGGACCUGGCCACUUUUCAGGAACUUGCCUCUGCGGGCGUGCUACGCUCGUAUGACCCCCUAGGCGUGAUUCGGGUCCUUCUCGACCAUGGCAUACUCAUUCACCGUGACGUCAACCAUCAGGACCGGCAGGGCAGAACUGCCCUGCACUAUGCCUCCCACACGUGCUGUGAGCACACGGCACCCGUCAUUUCCCUCCUUCUUCAGAACGAGGCAAAAGUUGACAUCAAGGACAAGCACGGCUUCUCGCCACUUCAUUUUGCGAGUCAAGCUGGCUCGGUGGAUGCCAUACAGCUUCUCCUAGACGCUGGGGCUGAUCCGAGUGCCACAGGCCUUGGAGGCAUUGCACCACUUCACCUUGCUGCAUCAGCGGGCAAGAUAGCUGCAGUGCGGCUACUCCUGGAGCGUGGCGCUGACGUUCUGAGCUUUGCCCAGGAUGGCAAGUCACCCCUCUGCUGUGCGGGCAGCACUGAUGUCUACAGUGUGCUGAGGAGAGCCGUCGAGAGCGCCCUCUGUGAGAGAGCAGACAAGCUUCGGCUCACACCUCUGGAGCACGAAAAACGAAAACUGGGUCAACUCAUCUUGCAGUCAAGGAACGUAACUGCACCAGGAGAACAGAGCUCACCAGGCAGUUCUACUGCCAAGGAGGAAGGCUCCAGCAGUAGCGACAAGGAGCCGAGCGAGCCAGAGGCGGAGGCAGUGCUGAAGACGAAAGCUAGCAGCAGCUCACACUCCGUCCUCCGUGGAGGAGACCCAUCGCUGUCUGCGUUUCGUCGCUACCAGCCACCAAACCUGCCUUCCCAUCACAUUCCGGGCUGGCGGCAGAAGUCGUCUCACGGCGGCUCCCACUUCAUCCCCGUGCGACCGCGCGACAAUUCGUCCGAUGACGAGCUACGACACGGAUGGUGUGCUGAAGGCACGCUCGAAAACAACAGCUAUCAUCGGCAAAAGACAAUGCCUUCAAACACACCCUUGGAGCUUCCCUUAGAUCCACACUCUGCUGCGUCCGUUGUUGUCGAGGCCAAGAACGGCAUAAACUCUGCGUCAGAAAGUGAAAAAAAGGUUGAGGAGAAUAUCCUAGAGGCGCGGACAGAGAGUCCACUUGCAGAGUCGGCUCGAACGGCAGCUUGGGUCUUUGGGGGCAGCACUGAAAAUGUGGUGCUGAAGGAGAUGUAUGCAAAAGUGCGCCCCAAGCAUCGAGGAGGACCAGGAGGAGGAGUUGGUGGCAGCAGCGGUGGAGGAGGUGGUGGCGGCGGUGCUAAUGGUGACAGCUGUGACUCUGAAUCUGGAGAUGACGAGCUCAAGCAAUCUGCAUCACGGAAGCGACCCUCUGCAGCAGCGCAGAGGCGGAAAAAGACGCAGCACUACGCCAAGAAUUAUCACCUCAGCCGACUCAAACUGCGGCCCGAACUGGCAGGCCGUAGCAUACCAGACGUGGCAGCCACUGUGCCACCAAAAACCAUUUCCGCAGGGCGGCAGCAGUCGGACGUGUCGCUGGGGGCUGCGGAGGAUGCCGCCCAGCAGAAGGUACCUGCCACAUCGUCCGCAUUGGCAACGGCAGCGGCACCUGUGCAGCCCAAGUUUUCGCUGAUCACGAAGAGCAAGGAAGGCAGCCACCUGCGACCCAAUGGAUCGCGCAUGCCAGUGCCAAGCACCAGGGGACUUAUGAGCAAGUUCUUGCCGCCUUGGGUGACACGUGAUGACGUGUCAUCACACCUGUCGUCCGCAUCUUGGGUCUACUUGCCUUCCCUUUCACCAGAGGAAGGCGGAGACGAGCCUCGGUUGUCGCUGCCACGAAAGGAAGAGAUCCCCGAAGUGGCCAAGCCCAGCGAGCCUGCGGCAACGACGUCAUCCACAACGGCAGCAAAAUCAGUUCGUCCCGAGGGAACACACACGUUGACCUGUGGCAAGCGGGGGAGCAGUGGUGGGACAGAGGGUUCUGCAUUCCACACGGUCAGCGCCAAGGGGAAAGGUUCGGCGGCUUGUCAGCACGCGCCACCAGAGCAGCCACGUGCGCUCGUGCCGCCGCUGCCCAAGAACCUCAGCGACAUCCCUGCAUUUCCCUCGGGACCCCCAUUUCCCUGGAUCAAGGGAAAGCUCAUUGGCAAAGGGGCAUUCGGCCUGGUAUGGUGUGGCCUGCGCAAGUCCGGUGGGGAGCUGGUGGCCGUCAAGCAGUUUCAGCUGGGUGGGACCGACGUGCUGUCGGCCGUUCAGCUAGAGGUCGACAUUCUGCAGUCACUCAAGCACCCCAACAUCGUUGGCUUCCUCGGUGUGCAGCAGGAAGAGGCACUCGUCAACCUGUUCCUCGAGUUUGUCUCCGGCGGCAGCCUCGCUGCCAACCUGGCCCAAUUUGGGGCCUUCCCCGAGACAGUGGUGCGUCGAUACGGACGGCAGCUCCUCCAGGCUCUAGCCUACCUGCACCAGCGAAAUGUCAUCCAUCGAGACAUCAAGGGUAAUAAUGUUAUGGUCUGUCCUGGAACGGGCACCAUCAAGCUUAUCGACUUUGGGUGCGCCACGUUUGAGCCUUCGUCAGCAGACUGUGAGGGACUGGUGGCCAGUGCCAGAGGCACGCCCUACUGGAUGGCGCCGGAGGUCAUCUGCCAGGAAGAAUGCUCGCACAAGUCAGACGUCUGGAGUGUCGGUUGCACUGUGAUCGAGAUGUUCCAGACAAAGCCUCCUUGGUACGAGCUUUCUCCCCUGGCUGCAGCCUUUGCCAUUGGACAGGGUACGAGUGACCCAAAAUUUCCGGACCAGAUCAGUCCCGAUGCCCGAGACUUCAUUCUCACCUGCCUUAAGAGGUGCCCCGGUGAGCGACCAACGGCGGAGGAACUGCUAACGCACCGCUUUCUUCAGACUGGAGCCAUAGAGGACCUCUAACAGAAGGGUGAAACACAUCCAAGGCUUCACUUCCAGCCUUACGGAGUCUUUGGGACACUUUGCAACUUUAUCCACCGGGCAGGACACAAUCGCUUUUCUUUUUGCCUGAAAACAUCAUCUGCACUCACCGUAGCUGCACUCACUGUCCACAAACAUCAGGACAUUGUCAAAUAGCGCAGCUGUGCCGUGGAGGCAUCGGUGUUUGCACUAUUCCGGACGGUGCGUGUGGAGUUGCAUUUGGCAGGUCAAGAGUAGAAGCCGGUCGCCUGCCCAAACAGAGAGAGUGUGUGUGUGAGAGAGGGGGAGGCUGUUAGACCUUAAUGUAACUUGUACCUGUUGCCAAUGGCAUGUUAUCGACGUAGAGCUCACAUAUGGUUUAGUUAUCUUUUUUUCCCCCCUAUUCUCGGUGCACUGGUAACCCAAAUAACACUUUUUGCUCAGGUAAACGGCAGCCUCUGCUAUCUCAAUGGCCAAAACGAACCUGGAAAGCUCCCAUUGCAUCGAGUCAAACAGUGAUGUUCCGAAAAAAAAAAAAAGUUGUAAUUUAGGUUUGUUGUUUGAGUGUUUUACAAAUUUAGUAUUGUUCCUUUUUUUUAUGUAUACAGAGACAAGCAUAUAUAUUUAUUUCUAUUUAAGAGAUCUUUUCUUUGAAGCUGAAACGAAUGUACAUAUGUGUUAAAAGCUGGCUGCUCUCUCCUUUCUUCGUGUUGUCUAGUUAACUGCUGUUGAUGCAUAGGCUCUGCUGUAAACAAGGAUGCUUCAGGUUUAUUGAAGUAACCACCGCUUGUUACUGCAGGCAGCAACUUCCAGAAGGAAAUAUUUGGUUUAUUGAAGGAAACCUAACAAUGCAAGAUUGGCAGGAUGGUUUUUCAGCUCACAAUAUACUUCAGUUGUUUGCUCACCACAUGCACAAACACUAAACGCAUUAACAAAGGACAGAGAGUACCUAGUUAGGCAGCCAUUUUGUUGCAGAUAUGAACUUUCAACAAAGUACAUUUGUGUACAUGCUGACCCCUGCUCAUCGAAUGUCAUGUGCAAUCUUGUCUCUGAACAAUCGUGCUCUCAAAACCUUUACCUGAAAAUAGACUUGUUACUCAUGCUGCUACACCUUCGAUUCACUAUGGCACACUUGAUAAUUAGCUGCCAUAAAAACCCGUUCGCAACAUGGAAUUUCUGUACUGUUUCUAGUGCCUAACUGUUAAUGGUGGAAGUGUGCUGGUCUUAGCUAACAUGAUAAGGUAUCCCUAGGCUAGCACAAUACACAUACCUGGGCCUAGGACUGGUUUCCACAAAGUUUUCAAGCCAAUCAUUAAGUCUGAUUGCCAUAAUAUCCAGAAUCACUGCCUCAUUACAUUGGAGAACACAGCUAAUUAAGAAGAGCAGGGAGAGUAUAUUGGUGUAUAGCCAAAUGUGUGAAAAAUGACCAAGACUGAACAAUGACUGAUAUGCUUCAGUGGCAUGGAGCUAUUUCAGUGGGUCAGCAGAUCAUCAAGUCUAAAGCUGAUGGGCAGUGACUCUGAAUAUUCUGGUAGUUAGCUUGGCUUUUUUAUUUUGAGUGCUUAGUAGCUUGUAGUGGAGUGCUAAUGGAAAACACAGAACCAACUACAAAGAUAGCUAAAAGAAUUUAACAGCUUGUGCAUUGUGUGAGAUUAACAAUCACUGUCAAUAGAUUGAAUAAGGGGGCAUUGAAGGGUGUGCUAUUUCCUUUACUGUCGAUAUAAAAAGAGCUUAGUCUUGAAAUUUCUCUUUCUUGCAACCAAUAGCUCAUAUGUAGUGCACUACUUCCAGAGACUUAACAUAAUAUUGGUAUGUUUGCUGCAUAACUACUAGCAAAAGGUUAGAAGGAUGAUCGCUCUAUUCAUACAUAUACCUUGACUCAGUGCUUCUCCUCCGCUCUGCUAAAUGGAGGGCAGUGCCAUCUCUCAAAUGAUGAAGUAGUCACAGUGUGCUUCUAUAAAUCUCGUCAGCAGUUACAGAAUUCUACGAGUGAUUUCAUAAUGGCACACUUUUAGCAUUUGUUCAGAGGCACUGGGGUGGAGGAGCGUUGCUGAAGCAACUCCUCAUCACGGGAAUUGCCAAAGGGCAGUCUUAAAGUGCACUGACCACUUGUGAAAGGGUGUUUUUCAAGCAGCUCCUCAAUCAACAUGGAAAUCACUGAGGAGGGGUUUUGGAAGUGCAGUAACCACUCAAUGAAAGAUGUUUUCCUAGCAACUUGUCACAGGAAUCGCAAGCAGCAUUCUUGAAGCACAGUAACCACUCAGUUAAACAGUGGCAUUUCCCUUUGCAUGCUGAAGUCGAGUAGGAGUGUCGAGACACGUUUCUGACGAGUGGUGAAACCCUGAGAGAACUGACUAGGCUUAGGGUUAUGAACAAGAAAAGGGCCUCAGUCCAAUGCCACCAUUUUCUGACAAGACAAACUUGUCACAUUCAGAGCAGCAGGGGUCAUCAUUGGCACUGGCCUCGUGUGUGCUUCUCACUACAUCUAUGGAAGAAGGUGCCCUCUUGCGGUGCAUGAGUGGAAAAAGUUAUAAGCUGUGGUAGUGCUUGUGGUAUUUGUGGGUGGCAUAAAGGCUUCUUGUCACUGGAAGAAUUGAGGUAUCAAAGGGAGUUCUUUUUUUUUUUCUCCAGACACUUCUAGCAUCAAAAACACAAAGAGGGUACAGACGUCUUUAUAGAAAGAAAAGGACGGUUUAGGUUCUUAUGAUUAAUGGCAAGUUGACAACAAACAAGUUUGGAGGAAACAAUGUUCUAGGCCCAUUACUCCCUCCCCCCCCCCCCCCCCCCCCCCCACUAAGAUAAGCCUAGAUUAAUGCACAGGCUGUUGCAUCAGACAGGACCAUUGAUCUUGAGUUGCAUUCAGGUUUUUAAGGCAUGCUAACAUCAAAGUUGUGCUUGUCAUCCUCAAGCAGCUUCAGCAGAAGUUUACAUGUUGCAGAAGCAAAAGAUGCUGCGAAGUUUUUUUUUCCAUGCUGCUGGUACAGGAGUAAGAUAUACAUUACACUCGGAAUGAUGUUAUCAGCACUGUCGUACACAGACCGACCGUAAUGAGAGUCAGUGAAAAGGGUUGUUCCCUGUAAAUAACGCAACACGAGCAAAAUAAAAAUUAUCUUCUGCGAGACUACCACUGCUAUUGUUGCAAGCAGCGCUGACAUGAGAGCUAGAGGCUGGAGUUGCACUGGCUCGCUACCAGCUUAUACUUUUCGUGACUGAAGCUAUUUAAUGUGGGAUGGACAUGCUGACAAGUGCUGCAAAAAUACUCGCUUUUUUCCCCCCCCCUAUUUUCCAGACUUCGAAUUUACACACACAAGUACAGCAGAUUAAUCGCAGGAAGUUUCAUGGUAGAAGACGGUGUCAUAUCCCAAGUGAUAAGAAGUGAAACAGACUUCUCCCUAGGUGCGUGCGUGCGUGCGUGCGUGUGUGUGCGUGUGUGUGUAUCUAUAUAUAUAUAUAUAUAUAUAUAUAUAUAUAUAUAUAUAUAUAUAUAUAUAUAUAUAUAUAUAUAUAUAAACACACGAAAACUUAUACGCUUGUGACUGCAUAUUUCCGUAGGCUCUGGUCUGGUUAUAUGACAUGAAAUAGCCAUACUCUGACCACACAGUUCUAAACAGUGCAAUAAAACAUGUAGCUUUAGACUGUCCAGUCAUGAAAGGACCUUUAAGCACUUACCGCUCCCGGUUUUCCCAUAUAAUUAUUUAUUUUUAUUUGUUGGACAUAUUUUGUGACGUGUGCUUUCCUUCUUCAAUGCACGAAAUUAUUGACUCUAUGGUUGUUGGGUAAACAAGACCAUUAGCUGGAGGUCGAAGAUGCUCCGCUGUCACACACAUUGUUGCAAGCUUGCUGAUUAGCCACAGGGUGUAAAGCAUUCAGGGCCAAAGCAUUGAGCAUUGUCACAAACUGGGCAAUGUCUCUUAUUUUCAAUAAAAUUCAAUCUUCUAUUCCAAUAAAAAGGCUGCUGAAGGUUGUUAGAAAUUAUCUGGACAUCUAUAAUCUCUUGAUUAUCUCUGACUUGCAACAGUAGAAGGAAUCAUGGAGCAUAACUUUCAGGUCGCUCUUGUUUCCAAGAUUUAUGGAUAUGAACAAAUGCUGCAGCUCAUGCCACAUGAAAAUUUGCCCAUGAAAUGGUGCUCAUCUGCAGCAUAGAAAAGAAUAUGCCUUUAUUUUCUCUAAGGGUUAAGAAAGCUUAAACACAACGAGGAAGAAUCAUCACAAGUGAUCAUUCACACAGUACUCAGUGAUAGCAACGAUCCCAUAUUCACUCAUCAGCUAUACUUAUCCCCCUGCUCUUAACCCCUCGAUUGACACGAAAGCUGAUGCUUCAUGUCUGAAAUGAGAAUGCUGACAUAAGGUUCUAUCGAAGACCGGUAGGGUCCAGAUUCAUGUUGACUUCUCGCUUUAGACAUAACACGAAACAGAGGGAAUUUAGCCUCAUACAUAUUGUCAGUGAAUGCCUUAGCAUGCAUUUUGCCCACCAUGCUCAGUGUUUCUAUAAAGAAUGCUCGUAAAUGACUUGUCCCUAGAUUUAUCAGGUGGUAAAGAGACACCGUUGUGGAGGGCUGCAGAUUAAUUUUGACUGCCUGAUGCUCUUUAAUGCACACCUAUUUGUAAUAAGUAUGCAAGCAUUUUUGCCUCAAUUCAAACGCAACUGUCACAGCCAGAAAACGGACCUGUGACCUUGCACUCUGCAGUAGAAUACUGUAGCCACAUAGCAAUCGUGGCAGGUAGGCGUAAAUGAAUGAUUUGAACCCACGUUAGCUCCCAACUGCUUCGGAAACAGGCAUACACCCUGUCUGCCUGCCUGCCUGCCUACCGGAAAGAUGAGGAGGGGACAGUUGUAUGCACCAAAACUGUACAUCACCAAAAUGACAUAAAAAUACCUUGCAAAGACAAAUUUAUUUGUUUGACACUGAAGCUUGCAUCUCUUGCAACAUAUACAACAAUUCCCCGACAUGCAUUGCUUGACCUCAAUAUCCCUUUGAUGUAUGAUCACUUUGUUUUCAUGAAAGAUUUUAAAAGGGGUCUUGGACAUUCUUGUAUUCUUGUGAAACACUGCCAUAGCAUGUGUACUAGGAGCUUCCUUGUGCGUGCAUGCAGUCAGCUGUUAAACUCCCUGGUAAUGAAACCAGUGCAAGUCGAGCCUCAGUGCAUCUGAUGUAUGAAAUCUUCCAUACCAAGUUUGUGUUGUAAUGCAUGUACGUAUUCUCCUGCCUGCCGCCAUUUAGAGCAGGCCUCGUCAUUUGUUGCUCCUACACCCCGUAUACGUCUCAGCAGCUAAGGCAGGUGUGCGCGAUCAAAUAAAGUGCGUGCAAGUCAAGCAUGCACAUGCGGACACCGUGUGAUGGUGAAAAAAAGUUUUGCGUGGGGCUCUGUACAUAUGUAAACACGACUCCCCUUUGUGUGAUAACGCCCCAUAGUCUAACCAGAAAGUUAGCAGCAAAAGUGCGGUGAGAACUGAUUUUUGGUGCCGACGUUCUGAAGACUGGGUGUGGAUUGAGAACCCGCUCCCGCAUGGAGACAACAGCGAGUCCGCGCUUGCGAGAAAAGUCGUCGGUGGAUGUUGCAAGCAGUUGUUUGGGAAUUGUUGUUGUGCUAAAGGAAAGGUCUAUGUUUGAGCUGAAGACUGUGCAUUGCUUGCGUUUGUCACGGAAAUGUCUAUAUACAUAUAAAGGAGGGGGAUUGGGGAGGGAUUGAAACUUAUUUUGUCACUGCUGCAUCCAUGCAGAUCUGCAAGCAACAAAUACUCGUCUUUCUGCCAUUGGCUCUUGGAACAAAUUGGCGCUCUGCGCUGCCUACAAUGUAAGAAAAAAAUUAUUAGUUCACGUUAUCAAAUAAAGAAGUCUAGUAUGCUA